UAAAAAAAAAAAAAAUGGCCACACCCUUCCGUAUGUCUACUACAUAUUCCUUAGUGCCCUCUCCCAUGGACAAUCUCCCAUGCUCACAACCAAAUCUCCGCCAAAAAAAUCCCCUUCGCAGAGACAGCAAAACCAUCCACAUAUCAUUGCCUGUGGCUGUUGCGCCUCUUUCUUCAGCACAAUCCCCCACAGGUCCAACUUCAUCUUUCUCUCCACUCAAUUCCACUCAUAUCCACCACGAGUCACUUAUUCCCUCGUCUCUGUCUCGUCGGUCAUUGUCCCCUAUCAACGGCGCUGCCUCAGUUAUGAAGAACUUUUUGCGGAGGAGGCGAGGCACCAUUUCCAGCAGCAGCCCCGCAACAUCUAAACAAACAGACAUCGUCGGCCAUCAUCAAAGUACAGCAUACGAUACUAGACAUAGCUCUUACGAACUUCCUACACCGCAGCCAUCCAUGAACAUGCAUUCUUUUGUUGUUGUUGGAGGGUAUGGAGCCAAACCUGGUACAACCGUUGUAUUGUACGACUCUGAACCAGCACUACCUUCACCAAUCAGCUCUCCUAGGCUCGUACAAUGUGAAUCACCCGUUAUCCCAGUAGCAAAAUCCACAAUGGCGCCUGCAACUACUAUCCCAGGAACAACAACAGUACCAAUAUCAACGCCUUCAUUCUCGCAAGCCAUGAUGGGUCAUUACAGCAGCAAACAGGAUAUCCCUCAUAAAUACCAACCCAGACAUGGUUUCUUGAUAGAAAAUACAUCAAGUGGUGAUGUCGAAUCAAGCUCGAUACACUCAAGUAAGGCACUAUCAACAGCAUCCUCAGCACGUUCCAGCCAAUUGUCUGCAAAAACAACAGGUUCUUUCUCAUGUACAACAAUAAAUAGACGGACCAUAUCCAUGGACAGCUUACAGACUCUUAAUACAACUACUGGGCUGGAUCCAGUAGGUGAGAGGCAGGAAUCAGAUCAAGGAGAAGGAGCUGCAUCCGAUAUUAUUUUUCACGAUCAGAGUACAGUGUCUCAGUCCUGCAAGAGUCAAUUCGAGCGAUCAUCCGCUACAGCCUCUCCGAACAACACCGACACUAUGCCCGAUCGAAAUGAGGCUUCAAACGAUGCUGAGUGUAUAGAAGAAUGCAAAGUCAAUAAUAGCGAGAUGAUGAAUAACCUGGGCUUUAGCAAUGAGGUAUCUCGAGCUUUUGAUGAUCUAGGUACUUCAGGGAACAACUUCACGAGCCAUUUCAGGACCAAUCAAGAUCUAACAACCAGCAAAUUACGAAGUCAACAGCAGAGAAAGACACUUUAUCAUAACUCUAUGAGCUAUCUUUCAGGACAACUAUAUAACUACUACAGCAAUAUGCCUGGGAUUGAUGACAGAAGCAUUUUCGUCAGCAACAACAAUAGUAACAACGGCAAUAAGGACACUCAGGAUCAGAAGAAAGCUGAUCAAAUUGAAGAACCCCGACCUUAUACCCCCGAUCAAAUUUCGGAAGCUAUUGACAGUCCUGCUAUCGUGGAUUUUCAAGAUACUUACCUAGUGGCGGAGAGUAUUGAACAAAUCAUUCUCCCUAGCAUCUCAAGCAUGGUUGUUAAUAGAGUCGAGGGGAUGCAAGGCAGCCUGACUUCGGGCGCAGACAGCACUCUUUUAGUUUCCAAUUGUUCAUCCCCUACCCAGUUCUAUGAUGCACCGCAAACCAGGCGUGCCCUCCGCAUGUUCCUGACAAGCAGCGAUCAGGAAUUUGAUGAGAUGGUUCAGGUGGGCUUCCCUUCCAAAGUAUUCAGUGACUACGACUCUGACAUGGCUGAGGCACAGAGCCUACUUGAGCCACAAAAGCAAGACAAUGAGCGACCAUCUAGUGACCGGUAUAUGACCUUGCGAAUCACUUUGACUCCAUGGCAUGCUAGAGCGGACGAGGUUAAGCUAUAUGGCGCGGACGUGACCCAUGAUAAACAAACGCAAUUCAUAUCUAGGUUCAACAAAUUUUUCUCGCGGUCAACAGCUACAUCUAGCGCUACAUCCCCUCCUUUCUCUCUACCAUCAUCAGUAUCAUCGUUCCAGCAUGUACGACCUGCUGUUGCCUCCAGGACGUCAUCUGAUCAAUCUGUUUCAACCCUCAGAAGCAGCCCAUACUCAGAGCAUGGGAUUCGCCAUACUUUGUCUUCAGAAUCUAUCCCUUCCCAAGCAAAAACGUGCAGGUUUACUCCUGACAAUAUCUCGCUUUCGCCUAGUAUCGCUAGCUCUAGUCGUCGCUCUAUCGCCGACAGCAUUGUUAGUAGUCGCACUAACAGUCGCAGGUGCAGUGCGGACCGUGACCGAGAUAAAGUCUGCUUUUCUCCUCCACCUUCUGUAAGAGCCGCUUCUCGAGCUGCCGCCGCUGCCGCUGCCGCUGCCAUCGUCGCAUCCGAAUCAACAAGCCCGAAUCAUAGGUUGUUUUCCCCUCCUUCAACACGGUCACCGUCGCCUUUGUCCUGCAGUGACCAUAGCGAAUCACAUAUUCAGGAUGGUGGAAACAGCGAUAAUACGACCACUAUGACAUCUUCCAGAAAGGGCUCUUCACUAGACCAACCGUUGAGCGAGCACGAAAUCGGACUUGAUAACUCAAGUGACACUCAGUGUUCUGUUGACAGCGAAGUCAGUCCAUUUAUGGCUAGCGCUCUGACAAAGCCUACGAUAAGCAGUGCCAGCCAUGCCGGUCAAGAUCGUACUGUAGCCGUAGUCAGCCUCAGUGGUGACCCCAGCUCUAGCCAUUUGGAGACAGCUGCCCAGGCACAAGAGCCACGUCGUAGCACACGCUACCCAUAUCAACAGCAUGCCAUGCAUCAAGAGAAGAAACAGUACACCACCUUACCGCGUACGAGUUCUUUGAGAAUGAAUUGGUCUUCGUCGGGUUCGGAGGAUGCGUAUCCACAGCCGAUCCACAGCCACAUGACAUUACAACCUGCUGGAUCGAGUGGCUCCAGCCAGCGGAUCUCGAGCCGUUACGCUGGCCCUGGUAGCUCCAGAGUCAACAGUAGCAAGACAAUCCAUCAGGAUGGCCAGGACCAAUAUCGACAUAGCAACGCAGGCGCGGAGAUCUCCUCUUCCUCUUCACGACAUGGCCCAAGAUUUCUCAAUUUCUCCCUGCGUUCUAAAAAGAAUGACAAGGUUAGCAAGGCUAUUGAUCGCCAAACUCUAGUCCCACCCCACAUCAGUGCCAAGAGUUGGAGAAGAGGUGGUCAUGGUGACAGUGGUCGAAAGGGACAGCUAGUAGAGUCAGAAAGAUCAGUAACUGUAGCGACAUAUGGACAUGGCUGUGCGUCGUCAUAUGACUAUCAAUGUCACGAUGACGCAAACCGUAGUGAGCAGAACCCGGAGGCGUAUUUUGAAAUAAGCAUGGAUGAUCAAAGUUAUGGAGGCUAUGGUCGCGGGCAAGGGAACGGCUAUGGGUGUGGACGAGAGCAAAGACAACGAAGAGGAGAAACAGAAAGGAUCAGGAAAGAUGAGGACUGUUACAGUAGUUAUGGUUAGGCAAGAGAUGGGACCACAGUCCAAGGUGGAGGGCACUGGAGACCUAUCAAAUACCACCAACCAGAAGUCGCAAAAACCCACGCGUGUCCUUGAAACUGCCUUGAAAGAUGUUGAUGGAGAGCCACUCGUCCAAUGACUUUCUUCCUUUUUUUUUCUUAAAAAAGGCUUCUUUAUAAUGUUUUUUGCUUUUUAUUCCAUAAUGCCGUUCUAAUGCUGUAAUGACCCAGUCUCCUGUCCUUUCCUUAUGUAUUCAUGUAUAUAAUGUAGAUAAUGUAGAAUGCUGUUAUUUUCUUUCUACUCUAUUGCCUGUGUAAAACUGCUACGUUAAAUAAAAUCUAAAUGACCAUUCA